ACCAGCUUGCUCUUAACUGCAUCUGCAUUCUUGUUUCUUACCCUGAUCGUCAAACCCUGUUUUAAUUUUACCUUAACUUCAGCCAUGUUUGCUCAAAACUCAGACUUUGCCAAGUUAGUUCCGAACAGUUACCAGGACACUCUGGCGUAUAGACUGUGCACCUUGACAAGUGGGUGCGGUGCGCUGUACAUCAUCGGGCUGACUUACUACGUGCGGGAACACUCCGCAGUUCAUGGCAUACCUUCUAUAUUCACUCCAAUCUGGGCGGGGAUAUUCCUGCUCUCCUCCAGCGUGUUUACAAUCGCGCUACACAACAACAGAUCUAAGUUCAGAUUGGUUUGUGUCCUCCUUAUACUGCUUGUAACCAUGGUUACUUGCGCUUUUGGGGCGUUCACCACCGCUUUCGGUUCCCAGUAUUUUGAGUCCCAAAGCUGUCAGAUAAUGCCAGACCCGUUGAAGAAAACGGAGAUGGAAUGUGUCUGUCUGAUGGGCGGGAUGAUGAAGUCUACAGAAAUUAACAGAGUGACAGUGGACACUGUUUCUCUCAGUUACUGUAGGAAUAAGAUUGGGGUUCUGAAGGGACUCAUGAUGGUUACCUCUAUGGUUUGCCUGAUGACUAUUGCUUUCCUCUUCAUGCAGUUGCUGGUGUUGCUGGUGCAGAUCAAGAGUUCCACUUCACUAGCUGAGAUCAGCAAUGCUCUGAUAAGUGGAGCCGGAGAGGAGGUGAGUGCUAAGUACAGUGGUCUAGAGACGGGGGAUACCUUCGAACAGCUCAAGGAACAGAGCACCAAGCUUGUCAAGUAGAAACAUCAUCAGCUUUUACGAAUACGAUCGCAAUUCAAACCAACUUGGUCAGACUAUGGAUCAUGGUGACUGAUGUCACAGACUGAACAAUUGUCGAAAUAACAAUAUAACGGGAGGUAACUUUGAGACGUACUUCUGCAUUUUAUUAACCACAACUCUAGAGUGGCGCAAAACGACACAAGUCUAUAUAUAGUGGAUUACAAACCCGGAGUGGAACAAUGGGUUAAUAACGUUACCGUGGCAAUAUGGUGGUAUUGGUGAACGCUAGAUGGUGAUUCACGCUCAAAAUAAACAUUACCAUGGAUCACGAGUGAAAAGAAACAUACUUGGCACAUGCUCAACUUUAUUUAAACGACCUAAAUGGUAUUACUAUUUCGAAUCAUCAUGACACUAACUCUCGACUCCCUGGCUUGAAAGAGUGCCAGAUGACUAAGUAGGUGGUUACUCAGUCCUAGUCAGUUCCUGGAGCUUGCUGAUCAGGUGGCACCGGAAAGGGAAAUAAACAGCACUGAGUCUGAACAGAUAUCGGUAUAUGCUAAAUGUAAGGAUUAUUCACAGGGAAAAGGGAGCGAAAGAGGCUAAAGAUCUCUCUACAACGCCACGUUCAUUGGUAUGAGGUGAAACCCUAGAAAUAGUACUGUGGAGAAUUGGAUUUAAGUGGUAAUGGAGCCAGACAUCCCAUGUUUUAUAUGAAAAGGAUCCAUUUCGGCAUUACAAUUUCACAAAUUAAAAGGGGUUUCCUUAGUACCGGAGGAUUUCAGGGAUAAUCACCCAGAACUCAGGACAGAAUAAAUUUUCUGGACAACGACUAACAUGACCAGUGAAAAUAUAAAAGUUCGCUAUAAAGUAUAAUGCUUUUAUCGUUUAGAAGACUAAAAUAACGGAUAAAUGUUUAAUGAAUGCUUCGAUUUGGACGAAUUCGAAUGAAACAUUAUUGUUAUUUAUUGCAAUUUCAAAUAUGCUCU